AUGGCCACAUCCCAGGCCUCCAUGGCCAUACCUCAGGCUACCAUAGUAGUUGCUGUAGAAGCUCAUGUCAAAACUUCAACAACCAGCACCAUGUGUGGCAGCUACUAUGGAGGCUGCGGCUACGGAGGCUGCGGCUACGGAGGCUGCGGCUGCGGCUACGGAGGCUGCGGCUACGGAGGCUGCGGCUACGGAGGCUGCGGCUACCGAGGCUGCGGCUACGGAGGCUGCGGCUACCGAGGCUGCGGCUACGGGGGCUGCGGCUACGGGGGCCUGGGCUGUGGCUCUGGCUGUGGCUACGGCUGUGGCUGUGGCUGUGGCUACGGCUGUGGCUACGGAUAUCGCUCCCGCUCUCUCUGUGGCUCUGGAUGCGGCUCUGGCUACGGCUCUGGCUUUGGCUGCUACUAA